AUGGCGGCGCCCGUCCGCCUGGGCCGGAAGCGCCCGCUGCCGGUUUGCCCCAACCCACUCUUCAUACGCUGGCUGACCGAGUGGCGGGACGAGGCGACCAGCAGGGGGCGCCGCACGCGUUUCGUGUUUCAAAAGGCGCUGCGCUCGCUCCGGCGGUACCCGCUACCCCUGCGCAGCGGGAAGGAAGCCAAGAUCCUCCAGCACUUCGGAGACGGGCUCUGCCGGAUGUUGGACGAGCGGCUGCAGCGGCACCGAGCCUCGGACAGUGACCUUGCCCCGGUGUCGCCAUCUGGAGAAAAGAGUUCAGCCCCAGUAGGGUCACUUAUGGAAGCUCAAAGCCUUCCCAAGCCCGUUCCAGCUCAGUCCAAACCAAGGGGUCCUCGAGGCUACUGGCCAGCCCGGCACUCAGGUGCCCGGGCUGUGCUUUUGCUGUUGUACCGGGAGCACCAGAAUCCUAGUGGCUGCAACUUCCUAACCAAGGAACAACUGCUACAGAGAUGUGCCCAGAAGGCUCCCAAGGUGGCCCCUGGGAGCACUCGACCUUGGCCAGUCCUCCGAGCCCUCCUCCACCGGAACCUUGUCCUCAGAACACAGCAGCCAGCCAGGUAUUCACUGACGUCGGAGGGUCUGGAGCUAGCCCAGAAACUGGCUGAGUCCGAGGACCUGAGCUCAUCCAGUGUGGGCACUGGGCCAGAGGAGCCCCCUGGGGAGGAGUCAGAAGAGCCGGGAGCAGCUUCAGCCAAGCUUGGCACCAGCGAAGGGGGCAUCCAGCCGCCCCCACUGGAGCUGGGGCCUGGAGAGUACAGGGUGGUAUUGUGUGUGGAUGUCGGCGAGACUACAGGGGCUGGGCACAGGCCAGAGCUGCUCCAAGAACUUAAGCGGCUACACGUAAGCCACAUGGUCCGCAGGCUGCACGUUGGGGACUUCGUGUGGGUAGCACAGGAGACCAGGCCCAGUGACCCCGCAAGGCCUGGUGAGCUCGUGCUGGACCACAUCGUGGAGCGCAAGCGGCUGGACGAUUUAUGUAGCAGUAUCAUCGACGGCCGCUUCCGAGAGCAAAAGUUCCGACUGAAGCGCUGUGGUCUGGGGCACCGGGUGUACCUGGUGGAAGAGCAUGGCUCCAUCCACAACCUCAGCCUUCCUGAGAGUACCCUGCUGCAGGCUGUGACCAACACUCAGGUCAUUGAUGGUUUCUUUGUGAAGCGCACAGCAGAUAUCAAGGAGUCAGCCGCCUACUUGGCCCUGUUGACAAGGGGUCUGGAGAGACUCUAUCAGGGCCACACCCUACACAGCCGCCCAGGGGGAACCCCAAGAGACCCUGAACCAGGAACCAGGCCCUCCCCAAACCCUGUCUGCUCCCUCCUCACCUUCAGUGACUUCAAUGCGGGAGCCAUGAAGAACAAGGCCCAGUCUGUCCGGGAGGUGUUUGCACGUCAGCUGAUGCAAGUACGUGGAGUGAGUGGGGAGAAGGCGGCAGCCCUGGUAGAUCGGUACAGCACUCCUGCCAGCCUCCUGGCCGCCUAUGACGCCUGCGCCACUAGUAAGGAACAGGAGUUGCUGCUUAGCACCGUCAAGAGUGGCCGUCUGCAGAGGAAACUGGGGCCCGUGCUGAGCAGGACCUUGUCCCAGCUCUACUGCAGCCGUGAUCCCCUGACCUGA